AUGGCCGGCGGGCGGCGGCGUGGCGGCGGCGGGCGGCGCGGCAGACCCCCGCAGCACCGGAGGAACCCUGAGCCCACCCCCGCGCCUGCACCCCUCUCUCCCCCAGCCACUGUGGCCCAGCCAACGGCAGGAGCUGCCCCCAAAAGCAGCUGCCCCAAGAAGCCCACGCAGGAGGCGGCGGCGAGGGCUCCCGACGUGGACUCGCUGGGUUUCCAAGCCAUGGAGCUGAACGUGCCGGGGCUGUCCCAAGUCAUCCUCCAGAAGCUCAACAUGAAGAGCUAUGAGGACUACAAGUCUGCCAUGGACGGGAGGAAGCGCGGCAGCGACUUCGGCAUCCGGACGUACUUCGACAUGUUCCAGAAGAUGGAGGACACCUUCAAGUUCUGUGCCGAGUGCAAGAAGCUGCCUGAUGCCCUCCCUGACCCCAAAAGCCUCCGGCGAUGCAAGAGGUGCCAGAACGUGUACUACUGCAGCGUGGUGUGCCAGCGUGCCAACUGGCCGCUGCACAAGAAGUUCUGCAAGAAGCUGAAGCUGGUGGCCCUGGAUCGGCUGGUGGAGUGGCUCGUCUUCACAGGAGACAUCCCCUUCCCCACGGAGCCCUGGACAAAGCCCGCCGGGGAGGUGAGGGGCUGGGAGGACUGGUUCUGCAUGCAGGGGCAGCUGGAGGAGAAGCUGGGCAGCAUCGUGGCCGGGCGCUACAUGAGCCUGCUGUGGGCCAACGCGGGCAAGCCGCGGCCGGAGGACCGGGAGCUGCGCGACUCCGUCCGGCGCCUGGUCACCGACUUCCACUCGCGGCCGCUCACCCUCGGCCUGGGGCUGCGCUUCUUCGGCAUCAGCCCCCUGGGCAAGGCCCUCACCGUGCACGUGGUGGGGGCGUCCCACGUGGAGACCCUCAACACGCGCCCCACGGACUACGACGAGCUGGCGCGGAUGUUCCCGGGGCUGCGCGGGGUGGAGGUGGUGAUGGUGGGGGUGGACGUGGUGGAGGGACCCAUCAUGAGGCCGCCCCUGGCCACGCCGGCGCCCCCGGGACAGGUCUAUCUCAGCAGCUACAAGGGGCUCUACCAUGACUUCUGGGAGAGCCACGUGGAGACCAAGCUGGCUGCCCGCCCUGACCUGGUGGUGGGCUUUCACCCAGGUUUCCAUGCCUGCCCAGACCUGCUGGCGGGCUGGCUGCCCACCCUGCUGCUGCUGCGGGACUACCGCCUGCCCGUCCUCUUCACCGUCUACAGGUGAGCUCAGCCCCGCCGCCCGCCGCCUGCGCACGGCCGGCUGCUAACCAGGCCCUGUCCUCUCCUUCUCCUGGC